AUGCGUCAUCUCCACACCGCAAAGAUACUUCUGUUAACCGUUGUGUCAUGCGUUGCAGGCUGGUGUUCUACUUGUAUAGCACACGCUAACACAGGUAAAGUGGGCGAGGCACGGACAUUGAAAGCAGUGCGCAGAAGCAACAGAGCACCUCGGUUUCCUGUCGAAGGCGAUGGCGGCCUCCACAGAACCGAUACUCAGCUCAAGACUGGCGCCCAAGGACGUCAGGAGGCGGACGAGAACAACGUGGGCCGCGGCAGCCAAGUGAUGAGAGCCAAAAACCACAACGAAGAGGAGAGGGAUGCAGCACACACCACCAAUGGAUCAGCUCGUGUAAAGCCGCCAGAUGACAAGGAAACUGAGGCACAGCAACCUGAUGAUAAUGAAAGUGAACCACAGCAACCUGAUGAUAAGGAAACUGAGGCACAGCAACCUGAUGAUAAGGAAACUGAGGCACAGCAACCUGAUGAUAAUGAAAGUGAACCACAGCAACCUGAUGACAAUGAAACUGAGGCACAGCAACCUGAUGACAAGGAAACUGAGGCACAGCAACCUGAUGAUAAUGAAAGUGAACCACAGCAACCUGAUGAUAAGGAAACUGAGGCACAGCAACCUGAUGAUAAGGAAACUGAGGCACAGCAACCUGAUGAUAAUGAAAGUGAACCACAGCAACCUGAUGACAAUGAAACUGAGGCACAGCAACCUGAUGACAAGGAAACUGAGGCACAGCAACCUGAUGACAAGGAAACUGAGGCACAGCAACCUGAUGAUAAGGAAACUGAGGCACAGCAACCUGAUGAUAAUGAAACUGAGGCACAGCAACCUGAUGAUAAUGAAACUGAGGCACAGCAACCUGAUGACAAGGAAACUGAGCCACAGCAACCUGAUGAUAAGGAAACUGAGGCACAGCAACCUGAUGAUAAGGAAACUGAGGCACAGCAACCUGAUGAUAAUGAAACUGAGGCACAGCAACCUGAUGAUAAUGAAACUGAGGCACAGCAACCUGAUGAUAAUGAAACUGAGGCACAGCAACCUGAUGAUAAGGAAACUGAGCCACAGCAACCUGAUGAUAAUGAAACUGAGGCACAGCAACCUGAUGAUAAUGAAACUGAGGCACAGCAACCUGAUGAUAAGGAAACUGAGGCACAGCAACCUGAUGACAAGGAAACUGAGGCACAGCAACCUGAUGAUAAGGAAACUGAGGCACAGCAACCUGAUGAUAAGGAAACUGAACCACAGCAACCUGAUGAUAAUGAAACUGAGGCACAGCAACCUGAUGAUAAGGAAACUGAGGCACAGCAACCUGAUGACAAGGAAACUGAGGCACAGCAACCUGAUGAUAAGGAAACUGAGGCACAGCAACCUGAUGAUAAGGAAACUGAACCACAGCAACCUGAUGAUAAGGAAACUGAGGCACAGCAACCUGAUGACAAGGAAACUGAGGCACAGCAACCUGAUGAUAAGGAAACUGAGGCACAGCAACCUGAUGAUAAGGAAACUGAACCACAGCAACCUGAUGAUAAUGAAACUGAGGCACAGCAACCUGAUGAUAAGGAAACUGAGGCACAGCAACCUGAUGAUAAUGAAGCUGAGCCACAGCAACCUGAUGAUAAGGAAACUGAGCCACAGCAACCUGAUGAUAAUGAAACUGAGCCACAGCAACCUGAUGAUAAUGAAGCUGAGCCACAGCAACCUGAUGAUAAUGAAGCUGAGCCACAGCAACCUGAUGAUGAUGAAACUGAGUUGCAGAAACGUUAUGAGAGGGAUGGCAAGGUCUCUUUAGAAGAGACCAGAGAGGAUGGAACGGAUUUUGUUGUGCUUUUGAAGCAGUUGGCUGACGACGCGAGCGCACUCGCCAGCCUGAUUGGUGACGAUGUGUAUAAUAUGAGGGGGCGCUGCGUUGUUCAGAAUCAAUUGGUGCCCGAGUGCCGUGAAGGUGUUAUGAAGCUUAGGCAGGUUGUGGCGAAAAUCGUGGACACUGUUGGAUUAACCGACGAAGCAGUUCAAGGGGGUCGAGAUAAGUCUGAUUUUUCGGUUGGUGGUUGCCGCUGUACCGCCAGUGAUAAUACCACUGUAGGUGAUAGUCACGGCAAUACACCUGCUCCAGGGCAGUCUCAAACCCUCGAUGCUAACCCGUUCGCUGGUGGUGAUGUGGGAACUUACGGAGGCGAAACGUCUUCGAUAAAUAUGAGCACACUUUUUUUCACAGUUAUUAGUAUUGUUGCUGUCAGCGCGUCUGGAUUUUUGCAACAAUGCUGGAAGCAAAGGAGACACUUUAAAACGGAAAGGGUAUCAGCGAAUGAAGUGCAAUUCCAAUGUGCUGGAAGGGUUUCAACGAACCUGCAGCAUCAUGGAGAUCAGGCGGCUGAAGUCCACCCUAUUAAAGGUGGACCACAGAGUGGUCCCGCGGAACUAUUUCCGGGUGCUGCAGCAGGCGUGUCGGCCCCACUGCCCCCUGUGGUGAAUCUUGCGCCCGUUCCAACUUCUGCCGUGAAACAGCUAAGCAUGGGGCCCAGUAAGACUUCGUUAGCACAUCCAAAACCACCAACGGCAGCAAGCGCGGGGUAUCCCGCAGCGCCACUGAACUUCACGCAGCGUCACCAAGCUGGUUCUCCGCAGCCCACGAGACACGUUUGGGGUGGCGAUAUACCUCCUGUCGUCGAGGGGAAGAGGGAUUCUUCAGACGACCCGGACGUGCUCGUCAACCCUUUCCUUAAAAAAUGGUCGUGA